AUGUCUACAAAACCAGUGAAUGAUAUAGUAGUUAUUGUGAAAGAUCGAGAUGACCCCCAAUUUAGGACGACUCCUAUGCAGCAAGCCGCGGCUUCUUGUACCGGUGCAAUCCUUACGUCGGUCAUUGUUACACCUUUAGAUGUUGUGAAAAUUAGGCUUCAAGUCCAAAAGAAAAAUUUAGAUAAAAAGAAUAAAUGCUUCCUGUAUUGCAAUGGUCUCAUGGAUCAUUAUUGUAGUUGUAAUCCCAAAGAUCCUAACAGUAAAUGGCUGCAAAGGCCCGGGCAAUUUAAAGGAACAAUGGACGCCUUUGUGAAAAUUAGUCGUACAGAAGGUAUUACUUCCCUAUGGAGUGGAUUAAGUCCCACUUUAGCAUUAGCCAUACCUGCCACAAUAGCUUAUUUUGUGAUAUACGAACAGCUAAGGGUUAAAUUUAAAGAUUUGUAUAAUGCAGAUAACCAGGGCCCAAAACUGCAACCAUUUUGGAUUCCGCUUAUAUCUGGGGGCAUAGCUCGAAUAAUAUCAGUUACCAUAGUUAGUCCUUUGGAACUAUUUAGAACCAAAAUGCAAUCACAAAAACUUAGUUAUGUAGAAUUAAAUGAAGCAUAUAGGUCAUUGAUAAAACAAAGCGGAGUCAGAGGUUUGUGGAAAGGCGUCUUUCCAACUUUGUACAGGGACGUACCAUUUUCUGCGAUAUAUUGGAUGAAUUACGAAUCCAUUAAAAGUACCUUGACAGACAGAGAUAAUACACACCCUUUUCUAAUAAGCUUCAUGUCUGGUGCUAUUUCCGGAUCUAUUGCAGCCACUGUAACAACUCCAUUUGAUGUAGUUAAGACUCAUCAACAAAUAGAAUUUGGAGAAAAUACUUUAUAUGGUGAUAACGAAGUCAAAAAGCCUAGGUCAACUUUUACUGUCAUUAGAGAUAUACAUAAAAAUCACGGUAUUAGAGGAUUGUUUGCAGGAUUAGCGCCUAGGUUAAUUAAAGUCGCCCCGGCCUGUGCUAUAAUGAUAUCAACAUUCGAAUAUGGAAAAGUAUUUUUCAACAGAUUAUCUACUAGUGAACAGAACAAAGCUUUCAACCCAUCGGAUUUCAAGUCUGGACCUACCAUUGUUUCUAUUAAUAGGGAAGGAUUUUAA